AUCAAUUUCUUUCAUUUAGUUCUAAGUGAAACUUCAAAUCCAAGGAGAGUCAGAGAUGAAGUAGUAUUUAUUUUAAGGUACAACACUAUCAAGUAAGUAUUAUGUGAUAUAGUUGGCUAUUAAGAAUUCUAUUUAGGCUCUAGUGUGUACAGACUUUGAAUAUAUUCAAUUCCUUCUCAUAAAAAUGAUGGAACACAUUUAAGACACAUCAUAACUACACAACAAUGCAAGCUCAAAAGUUUUAAUGAGUUUGAGGACCUCUUUUGUUUUUUUUAUGUCAGGUUGUGUUGAGUAAGUACAACAAGUAGAAUGUCACAAAAAUAGAAAGCAUGUGUUUCAUCACAUGAUCUGAACAGGGUGUAUAAGUAUUGCUGUCGGCAUUCAUACUCAGGGUCUAUCCUUCAACAGCAAGCCACUGACCACUCAUGACACCAUGAGCUACUACGGCAGCUACUACAGAGGCCUGGUCUACAGCUGUGGAGGCUUCGGUGGCCUGGGCAAUGGUUAUGGCUGUGGCUGUGGCAGCUUCCGCAGACUGGGCCAUGGCUGUGGCUAUAGAGGAUUUGGCUCUGGCUUUGGAGGCUAUGGAUAUGGUGGCUACCGUCCAUCUUUCCAUGGUGGAUAUGGAUUCUCCAGCCUCUACUGAACUACUGCUCAGUAACCGAACAUACCAAAUUAUAAGGGGACUUUUCAACUCUGGCCUUAAUUAUUGGACAACGAAGACAGUGCUGGGACUAUUUAAACAAAAGUACUUGGCAUGUCCGAAUUGCAGAGGAUUCUUUAAUUCACAUGUUAUCUCUGACAAAAUCCUGGGAUCCUCUACUGCUGCUUUUAUAACUGAUUGGACGAAUUGCUCACCUUCCAAUAAAAUCUACUAACUAAAAAAUGUAAUGGAGUUUUUCUUUUGUUUUUGAAACUCAAUUACGUGUCUGCAAGGAUGAUUAUACUCUAUUCAGUUAUCAGUGAGGGAAACUAUCUCAUUGGCUCAAAAUUAAUUUUUUUCAUAUACAUCACAAAUAUACAUAUGGUUAGAUAAAUAGACAGAUCCAAAGAAUAAUAACUGUAGAUUAAAAUGAAAAAAAUAUUUCAAAAUAGUUAGUGAUUUGAUAUUUUUCAAACUUUUGCUUUUAUUUAGAUAAUAUUCAGAUUGGAGUCAACAUCAAAAAGCAAUGUCAAAUUGAUAUAUCUGUAUAAUUUAUAUAUCAAAUACAUAGGUUUUAAGUAAUUCAACUUGCAUAUCUCAGUGCAGUCCAAUGCAUAAUGAAUUCUUCCAUUAAUCAAAAUUUAUGUGACUUUUUUAUAGUAAGGGCAAGUGGUGGCUGAUGAAAUGAUACCACUAAGCUAGUUAUGAAAGUAAACCACCUUUCAAAGAAUUUUUGUUGUGUAUAAUCCCAUCUGUCUAUCAUGUUCUCUUGCCCAUUACUUAAUCUGCUAUUUUCAU